AUGGUGCAAGGAAAGAGAGUGAUGGGGACCGUGAAGUGGUUCAUUGGGCAUAAGGGUUUUGCAUUCAUUACUCCAAAAGAGGGAGAAGAUGGUGAGGAUGGACGGUUAAAGGUGGUUGAAGUGUCAACACUGGGUGGAGGAAACGUUUUGGGAAGUGGUAGUGGAAGAGGGUUUUUUGGUGGAAGGGGAAGAGGUGGCGGUUAUGGUAGUUUUGAUGGUGGUGGGCAUGGAAGAGGGGGAAGGAGUGGUGGUAGAGGAGGUGGGAGUGGAGGGCAAACUGGUCAUCUUGCCAAGGAUUAUAAUCAUGUUAAUGGUGGUGGUGGUGGAGGCUAUGGUGGGGGUGGUGCUGAUGCUUGUUUUAACUUUGGUCAAACUGGACAUCUUAUUAGGGAUUAUGAUCGAGGAAAUGGUGGUGGCAAUUGCAAUGGUGAAGGUUAUUUUGGUGGGGGUGGUGGGAGUUGCUUCAACUGUGGGGAGCAAGGACAUUUUGCAAGACAUCUCCAAGGACAAAUUCCAACAGGUAUCGGGAAUCUCGUACUGCUCACAAACCUAGAACUCUCCAGCAAUGAUGUAAUCGGUAAUAUUCCCGCCGAUAUCGUGAAUCUUAAAAAUCUCACGCAGCUUGAGUUAUAUGCCAAUGGAUUAACCAGAAACAUUCCAGUCGGGUUAACGGGAUGCAUACCGCAAUCUCUUGCGCUGGAAGGUUAUAACGGCAGCUCCGCUGGUAGCCCCGGACUCUGUGGUCCGGACAAUGGCUGCUUUGGUCCCUGUCCGUGA